UAUAUGCACGCCAUCAUCAUUCACUUGGUGCUCCGCUUUUGACUUGCAAUUCCAUCUCUCUUUCCUUGUCAUGGAGGAGAUUGAUUUAUGCAGCGUUAAUCUCCGUCCGUUCAAGCUGAUGGACGUCGACGAUUUCGUGUUAUGGGCAGGUGAUGAUAGAGUGACAAGAAACCUUCGAUGGAAGACCAUUACUUCGAAGGAAGAGGCUUUGACUUUCAUCAAAGAUGUUUGCAUACCUCAUCCUUGGCGCAGAUCGAUAUGCUACAAUGAUCAUUCGAUCGGCUUUGUGUCAAUCUUUCCGGAAUCGGGAGACGACAGGUAUCGGGCCUAUAGCGGGUACGCUUUGGCUGCGGAUUAUUGGGGCCAUGGGAUUGCAACCAAGGCUGUGGAAGCUGCAGUCUCUCAGGUUUUUGAGGACCUCCCAGAAGUGGUAAGGUUGCAAGCUUUUGUUGAUAUAGAGAACAAGGCCUCUCAGAGGGUUUUAGAGAAAGUUGGGUUUCAUCAGGAGGGUCUUUUGAGGAAAUAUAGCUAUAUUAAGGGGAGGCUAAGAGAUUUGUAUGUCUACAGUUUUCUAGCAACAGAUGUCCCUGCUAAUGAACCAUAAUUGGAAUUGGAAGCCACUUAAUCAUUACAAAGUUCCUCGUAUUUUAUCUAAGAAAAAAAUUAUGGAUUUCAAGUCCUUUUAUCAUCUGUAUUUGUCCUGAAGUUCAUAUAUAGGCCCCCUUUGGUAA